UUUAGAGAGCACAACUUUCCAAUUUUUCAGCCAAUUCUGUCAAGCUUCCUACAUUUCUCAACUUCCUUGACACUUCAUACAAAAUCAACAAAACUCCUACAACACCAAAACGUCUUUCUUCGGAUCCUCUAUACUAACCAAGCCCAAAAUGGGUCCCAACAGCCAGAAGCAAGGCGCUGGUAUCUUCCAGCGCUUCGUUUCCUCCCCCGAUCCAACCGAAGACGAGCGCCUUCUUCAGUUCGAAGAGUUAGAGCGCAGCCGCCAGCUGGCUUGGGAGGAGGAGGUGCGAAAGGUCGCCUACCGUGUAGAAAUUCGGCAACGCGCGGAGCGCGAAGCUCUGCAAGCCGAAGAAGAGCGAACGGACCAUCUGCACUGGACGGGUGCCGCAUGGGAAGAAAGGCAACUCAAACCAGAGCCAUACGUCCCAUACGUCGCGAAGCUCGAUACCUUCCCCGUGUCCCACAACCCGUGGGAUGCGUAUUACGAGGCCGUUGACAGGCGACGAGAGGAACGACCUUCACGAAGACUAUGCAGCGACUAA